AGUUGAUUCACCCAGACGGUAAAUUUGACCCAGCAAGAUACUUCGAUGCUUGUUGGGUUGUAUUAACUGGGGAGACCAAUAUCCCAUCCCCAAGAGCCGCGGCGAAGAACUUCUGUGCAGCUGCAGCCCCGUUGAUGGGAUACAAAUUCUUACCUUCGCUAAAUGGUGGUUUGAUGUCACUGCCUGAUUGCGCACUUGUAUCAGCAUGUUAAUUCACUGAGUUCAGUUAAAUACAACAAUGAGAUGAAAGCAAGGACUUUCGUUUUUGCAAGAUCUUUCGGAUAGAAUUUUGUCGUAUUUCUUUUUUCUUUUUCUUUUCUCUUUUCUGCUCUAGACUUAUUCCCACAUGGAGCCCAACAUGGCAUCCGCCGGUCUUUCAGCUGCCUUGGAGAAGGUGCACCUGGAUCAAGACGAUCAUGAAGAUGUUCAGGAAAAGCUGGCAGCCCCAAGCUUGCCGGGUCCGUUUCGAUUCUUCGACCUUCCUUCAGAGAUUCGACUGCGGAUCUACUCGUUCGUCCUCUUUACACCUCGUCGCAGAAAGAAGGCACUGCGAGCAAAUGGCAGUGUAGGCGCCUCGUCGAAAAACCCUCCUCGUUCGCAAAUGUCCCACCGUAUCAAUCUGUACCUGGUAUCGCGCCGUAUGCACAAUGAAGCUACCGAUUUCUUUUAUUCCAGUCAAAUUUUCCGGCUGUUCCACAUUCAAGACUAUUGUCGGUUACCAACAAUCAGGUCCAUUUCGUCUCGAUACCUGCCGUCCAUUGCAACCCUCGAAUUGAUCCUGGGCUCUAGUUGGACCGCGCCGCCUGACAGCUGGACGGUUAACCGAGAAUUGGGCCUGGAGGAGAUGACUCGCGUCCGAACGUUCAAAAUUUUUAUAGAGUGCGACCCGUCGCAUCCGGUGUUUGAGGGCUUCCGAAUCUCCGAGGGUUUUUACACCGAUUUCGCCGGGGAAAUCGUGCAGCAGUCUCUCAAAAGACUACCCAAUGUGGUUCAUGUCGAGUUCGAUGCAUAUCCAUCGGUCCGCAAGAGCGGGGCAUUAAUGAGGCGAUUGCUCCAGGAAACAAGAUCGGCGUCAAAGCAAAUCGUCUGGGGUCCCGUGAGAGGGUGGACUGAUUUUGAUGGCGAGGAAACACCCAAGAGGAACCUUAUCUACGAGCUCAAUCUGGAUGAAAGUAGUCGGAACGAUCCUGUCACGCAGCGAAGACUUCGGAUUUUGAAUUCAUGACAUCAAUCUGUGCAUUUCCAUGAAGACAUGAUCAUGAUUUCUCUAUGAUUUGUGAUUUUUAUUGUAUAAAGUGCUUGUUUAGAUAUUAGAGGUUUAUACUAGAGUCAGUCAAAUUUUACAGCAG